AUGGAUCCAGCAACUUCAUCGAAGCCUGCCACCGCGGACCGGGGCUCCUUCACCACGCCUGAGCCGCUGCAAAAUACAUAUACAACCGAUGCGAAUCUCCAUCGCUUGCUUUCAUGGUACCUUCCGUCAUCAACAUAUCAAUCCAUUCAGUCCAACCUCACCCAGCUCGGCGAGGAAGCCAUCUCGCCUCAAAUCCGCGAAUGGAGUGCCGACGCCGAGCGCCACCAGCCCUACGUCAAGGGAUAUAAUGUCUGGGGCCAGCGAUACGACUAUGACCGAUUGAUCACCAGCGAGGGCUGGAAGCAGCUGAGCCGAUGGGGUGCUCGACAUGGGGUGGUGGCAUUAGGCUACGAUCCUAGCUAUGGCGCCUCCCGCCGUCUCGUCCAAUAUACCGUCAAUUACCUGUACGGGCCUUCAUCAGGGUUGACAUCCUGCCCCGUCGCCAUGACCGACGGCGCGGCGCUGAUUCUCUCCCAGCAACUCCAGCAACACUCCUUCCCAGAAGACCAUCCUUUUCGGGUCGUCUUCAACCAUCUCACCUCCCGCAACGAAGACUUCUGGACCUCAGGCCAAUGGAUGACCGAACGCGCCGGCGGCAGCGACGUCCAAAACACCGAAACAUGGGCCACCCACGACCCUCUCCCGGCCUCCUCCUCCACCACCAGCAACAACAACCCGCUCGGCACCCUCGGAGAAGGCGAGUACAGCAUCAGCGGCUUCAAAUUCUUCUCCUCAGCAACAGACGCCAACGUCACCCUCCUCCUCGCCAAAACCGCCCCCUCCGGAAAACUAAGCACCUUCCUCGCGCCCCUCCGACGCACCAUCACACCCCCCAACCAAGCCCCCCGCGAAGUAACCAACGGGGUCCGCAUCCACCGCCUCAAAACCAAGCUCGGGACCAAGGAACUCCCCACCGCCGAGCUGGAGCUGCGGGAUAUGCGCGCGCACCUCGUCGGGCAGCGCGAUAAGGGCGUCGCGACGAUCGCGCCCUUGCUGAACGUUACCCGCACGCACACCUUCAUCGGCUCGCUGGGUGCGUGGCGCCGUGCGCUGAGUAUCGCCAGGUCUUUCUCCCGCGCGCGCAGCACAGUCGGCGAGCCACUCUGGUUGAUUCCGAUGCAUUUGCGGUUGUUGGCGGAGGUGGAGGUGCGGCAGCGGGCGGCGAUGCAGUUGGGGUUUUUUACGGUGGGGGUGAUGGGUGUUGUUGAGAAUCCUGGGGCUACUGCCGAAGUACCUGGGCAUGUGCCGAAAGGUGCUGAAGCGACAGUUGUCUUCCGGGCGUUGACGGCUGUGUCCAAGGCGGUGAUUAGCAAGAUGGCGAUUGUGGGAAUCCAGGAGUGUCAGGAGGCGAUGGGGGGUGUGGGGUAUAUGGAUGAGCCGGACGAGCCCGAGUUCAAUGUCUCGCGGUUGCUGAGGAAUACCGCGGUGAAUAGUAUCUGGGAGGGGACGACGAAUGUGCUGGCGAGUGAGAUGGUAAGGUUUCUGCUGGCUAGGGAUAACUUCGCGGUGUUUGCUGCGUGGGUUGAGCGGGUGUUGGGCAUGAUACGGGGGGAGAAGCUGGCGCAAGCAUUGAGGAUGGCCUGGACGGCGUUCAAGGGCAAGGUGGCCAGGGAUGUUGCGUCGGUUCUGGCGGAUGGUCGUCGAGUCAUGUUUACCCUUGCGUGGAUUCUGAUGGGGGCGUUGCUGGCGCUGGAUGCUGAGCGAGAUGGGGAUGCGGUGGCGGCAGAGGUGGCUCGUCGGUGGAUUCUGGCUGGCGAGGGAGGAGUCGGAGACACGGUGCAUAGGGAUAUUGUGAAGCCGUAUGAGGCAGACGCGGGUGAGAAAGAUCAUGCGAGAUGGGACUGCCGGAUUGUCUGGGGACAGGAAUUGCCCGAGGUACAGGUGGCCGGCCAUCGUUCUCUGAAGAAGAACAAGCUGUAG